AAAACCCACCCCCAAACAUCUCUUCACCACCGUUCCUUCCAAGUCUCUGUCUCUCUCCCCCUCUCUCUCGCUCACAUUUUUUUAACCAUUUUUAUUUGUUUAUCUCUCUCUCUCCCUCUCUCCCCAGUCUUAACGUAUCUCCUGUCUCUCUCUCUGCCAUCGUCAUAUAUGUAUUAUAUAAAAUACGUGUAUAACGCAGAUACACAUUGCAUCUGUGUCUAAAAGGGCUUUUAGCAGCUUCUCAGCUAUGGCGAUCUAAGUGAUACAAUUCAGAAUCUCUUAUAUUUAUAGCUGCACGGGAAGCAUUGUCGUGCAGUCGAGAUUUUGAUUUUUGGAGUUGUAUUGACCUUUUAAAAUAAAGGUUUAGUAGAAAUGAUGUGUUUUGCAAUUGGUUGCUGAUUAUCGUAUUUUUGAAAGUGAGUAAUGGAGGAAGUGAAUAUAAAUAGAUUAGAUUUGCAGAGAAAUUUUGGGAAACAGAUGAAGUCUUCAUUAUCAGGAAGAUCAAGUCCGAGGAAUUCUCCUUCAUUUCGGAGAAUUAACUCUAGCCGAACACCGCGAAAGGAAGGUCGAAGUAGUAGUGUCUUUAGUGCCAGUUGGUUUCGUAGCAAUCGGAUUGUGUUGUGGCUGCUUUUAAUUACUCUUUGGGCAUAUGCUGGGUUUUAUGUCCAGUCAAGGUGGGCUCAUGGGGACAAUAAGGAAGGGAUUUUUGGUAAUGUAAGUACGCAAAGUGAUGAAGAUCCUGUAUCUGAACAAAAUCAUCGUCGGGCCUUGAUUGUAGAUGAAGAUAAUUCGUCAACUAAGAUACAGGUAGGUAAAAAUCAUUCUGAUUCAGAGGAUAUGGAUGGGAUUUUAGAAAAGAAGGGGAAAGAUGCCGCAUCUCAUCCACCUAUACUUGUAAAGAAGAAGAGCAAGAAAUCUAGACGUAGUUCACGCAGGGGGGCUCGUGGUAAGCAAGUAACACCUCUACAUACAGUAAACAAUUAUACUGAGGUGCAAGAAGUGCAGGAGGAGGACAUUCCUAGGAGCAAUUCUUCUUAUGGGCUUCUUGUGGGUCCUUUUGGCUCGCUAGAGGAUGCCAUUUUGGAAUGGAGUCCUGAGAAGCGGUCAGGAACCUGUGACAGGAGGAGUGAAUUUCAACGUCUUGUUUGGUCCAGAAAGUUUGUGUUGGUAUUUCAUGAGCUUUCAAUGACUGGAGCUCCUCUUUCAAUGAUGGAAUUAGCAACUGAGCUUCUGAGCUGUGGGGCAACAGUUUCUGCCGUAGUUCUUAGCCAAAAGGGUGGUUUGAUGCCUGAGCUUGCUAGAAGAAAGAUUAAAAUAGUAGAAGAUAAAGAAAAAGUUAGCUUUAAGAAGGCGAUGAAGGCAGAUCUUGUCAUUGCAGGAUCAGCAGUCUGUGCAUCAUGGAUAGAACAAUACCUUGACCAUUCUACUGCUACUGCUUCACGGCAAAUUGUAUGGUGGAUAAUGGAAAAUAGGCGCGAGUACUUUGAUCGUUCAAAGAGUGUUCUCAGUCGUGUGAGAAUGCUGAUUUUUCUAUCCGAUUUGCAGUCUAAGCAAUGGCUUGCCUGGUGUGCGGAAGAAAAUAUCAAGUUGAUGAUGCAGCCUGCACUAGUCACACUUUCUGUCAACGACGAAUUGGCUUUUGUUGCAGGCAUUCCUUGUUCGCUAAAUACCCCAGCUUUUAGCAUAGAAAAUAUGCUGGAGAAAAGGCAGCUACUUCGAAAGUCAGUCAGAGAAGAGUUAGGGUUGACAGAUGAUGAUAUGCUUGUGAUGUCAUUAAGCAGUAUAAAUCCUGGAAAGGGCCAUUUCUUGCUGCUGGAAUCAGUACGGUACAUGAUUGAACAAAAAUCAUUUCUUGAUGAUGUUGCGAUUGAUAGUUUAGCUGAAAAGGAUGGAUAUUAUCAGUCCAUGAAUAACUCUGAUGCUCAACGUCUGGGCAAUAUGAGGAAACUGUUUUCUGAUAAUGUAGAUAAGAAGGCAAAAACUAUUAAGGUCCUGAUUGGGUCAGUUGGAUCUAAGAGCAAUAAAGUUAAAUAUGUAAAAGCAAUACUAGGGCUUUUAUCUCACCAACCAAAUUUGUCAAAGUCAGUGCUCUGGACUCCAGCAACUACACGUGUUGCUUCUCUCUAUGCAGCAGCAGAUGUAUAUGUUAUAAACUCUCAGGGACUGGGAGAGACUUUUGGAAGAGUUACGAUCGAGGCAAUGGCAUUUGGACUUCCGGUACUUGGUACAGAUGCUGGAGGCACAAAGGAGAUUGUUGAACACAAUUUAACCGGUCUUCUUCAUCCUUUAGGGCGUCCUGGGUCUCACAUUCUUUCUGAAAAUCUUCGAUAUCUGCUUCAAAAUCCUUCUGCAAGGCAGGAGAUGGGAAUUAGAGGGAGAGAGAAAGUUGAAAAGAUGUACUUGAAAAAGCACAUGUACAAGCUGCUUGCACGAGUUCUAUUCAAGUCCAUGAGAAUUAAGUAACAUCAGCCACUCGGUUUACUUCAUUCUUUUAUUGGUGAGGAAUUUGUGAGCUAGCUAUAAGCAGCACUAUCUUUUCACUGUCCACCAAGUCGUCUUUGCUGGUUCACCAGUUAGUCAUCUACAGGAUCGAAUCUUUGGACAUAUCCCUAGUUCUGGACUUCUGGUUAAUCCUUGUAGCUUAGAUUGCCAGCAAAAAGAGAUGAGCAGGUUAUUCAUUUCUGCUCAAGACUGUAUAAACUUCGUUGUUGUGAUUUUUCUUCUUAUACUAUUAAAGAGACAUAGGUAUUUUGACCAAUGUUGAGCUAUCACUCCUAUCAGCUAUCGUGUAUUAGAUUAGAUAUAUCAAGUGAAUCAAUUUGUUUGUUUC